AUGAAGACCCAACACAGGCUGCUAUCAACUCGAUCCCUCCCAGCUGAAAAAAAAAUACACACUCCUAAUAGAAAGGUCAAACACAAGAAGAGCAUGUGUCGAGAAAAAAAAAGUCAAAUAACAGAAAGUCAGAAGAACUGCCUCAUUGAAUUUUUGAAAAGAAACCCGAAUCUUCAAUCUGGUAAGUUUUCCAAUCAGUUCACAUUCAAAGACGCUCAAAGGAAAUGGACUGAAAUAGGUACUAUACUCAAUAGUAUGCCGGGUGCUACCAGAGAUUGGAAGGGUUGGAGAAAGACUUGGCAAGACCUGAAAUCCAGGACGAAGUUAAAAGUGAGCAAUAAAAGAAAGCAUGUCAGAGGAACAGGUGGUGGACCCCCAGUCGAAGAGGAAUUGUCUAAACUUGAAGAAGACAUAGUAGACAUUGUAAAAGUGGUUUCCAUCAAGGGUCAUAAGGAAGCUUCUGAAUCAGUAGUCAACUUCAAUUUUUCUGAUGAUGAAAAUUUUUUAGAGAAUUCAGAUGAUCAACAAAAUGAAGUAUUGAUAAUAGAAGGACCAUCUGCAGAAAAUGAUGGACAGGUUCCAGGAACUUCCAGAGAACCUGUCACAGAAAACAGAAAGGCGGAACCUACUUCAAUUGAAGAACCAAUUCCGAAGAAAAAGAAAUCUUCAACUCUGAGGCACACUAUUGAUGCAGUGAAUGACUUCAAAGUAGGUAUGGAUACAAAGAUAGGGAUAAAAAAAAAAUAUUACAGUGAAAAGAUUGAACUGAUGAAAAGGAUUACUAUUGCAAAAGAAAGGAAAGCAGAUGCUUCAGAGAGAAGAGCUAAUGCAGAGGAAAGGACUGCUUCUGCCUAUGAGAGAAUUGCUAUGGCAUUAGAAAGUUUUUCUGAAAGCAUACUGUAA